AUGGAAGGACGUACAGUUGUAAAGGAGGAGGUGUUCUGGAGAAAUUAUUUCUACAGAGUAUCCCUAAUUAAACAGUCUGCACAACUCACAGCACUUGCUGCUCAGCAGCAAGCAGUAGGAAAAGAAGAUAACAAAGGCAGAGAAGAGGAUAGUCAACUGACAGACAAUUAUUGGAGACUUUCAGAAGGAACAAAAGAAGUUUGUCCAAGAGCAGCAAACAAAAAGUCAGAAGCAGCAGUUCCUCCCUGGGUAGACAGCAAUGAGGAAGAGACAAUUCAACAACAAAUACUGGCCUUAUCAGCAGAUAAACGAAAUUUUCUGCGGGAUCCUCCAGCAGGUGUUCAGUUUAAUUUUGACUUUGAUCAAAUGUACCCUGUUGCAAUGGUGAUGUUACAAGAAGAUCAGCUUCUCAAUAGGAUGAGGUUUGAUCUCGUUCCUAAACAGUAAGUAACUUUUUGAUGGUUAUUAUUAUUUU